AUGACUUGCUGCAGCCAGAUGCAGUACAUGCAGUACAUGCAGUACAUGCAGCCACAGCCGGUAGCCCAGCCUCACCCAUGGGUGCUGCAGCUGCACUUGCGGCUUGUGAAUGGGCGGGGCCGCUGUGAAGGCCGUGUGGAGGUCCAGCACAACGGCACCUGGGGCACCGUGUGUGACGACGACUGGGACAUGGUGGACGCCAAUGUGGUGUGCCGGCAAUUGGGGUGUGGCUCUGCCAUCGCCGUGGCGAGCAGCUCCGCCUUCGGCCAGGGGGCGGGGCCCAUCCUGUUGGAUAAUGUCGACUGUGCCGGCCACGAGACGGACUUGGGCCAGUGUGGGAGCCUAGGAUGGGGCAUCCAUAACUGCUACCAUUACGAGGACGUGGCAGUCACCUGCAGAGGUAUGGGCUUGGGGAGCAGGGCAGUCAGGCAGGCUCCAGAGCAUCCCUCCAACAAACAUGCCUGGGGUCUGAGAGACGGCACCCUCCGCCUGGUGGGCGGGGCUGACCGCUGUCAGGGCCGCGUGGAGAUCUUCUACAGGGGCACCUGGGGCACGGUGUGCGACGAUGACUGGGGCAUGCAGGCGGCAGCGGUGGUGUGCCAGCAGCUACAGUGUGGCCGCUCCCUGUCCUACACCACCAAUGCCUACUUCGGAUACGGGACCGGGCUCAUCCUGUUGGACAACGUGAACUGCAAUGGCAACGAGAAGCAGCUGUCUGGCUGCUACAGUCUGGGCUGGGGCAUCCACAACUGCGGCCACCACGAGGAUGCGGGGGUCAUCUGUGCGGUUACAGAUGCCACAUUCCCCCUCACCAGGACGACAGCGAGGACCACAGGGCCAACCACAAACCGUCCAACGACCAAAUCUCGCGCCAUCAUCCGCGUGGCGAGCGGGAACAGCAGCUGCCAGGGCCGCAUCGAGAUCUUCCACGAGGGCCAGUGGGGGACCGUGUGCGACGACGAGUGGGACCUACCCAACGCGGCGGUGGCCUGCCGGCAGCUGGGCUGUGGGCCUGCCGUGGCCGCCAUCCCGCUGGCCUACUUCGGCUACGGCUCGGGGCCCGUCCUGCUGGAUAAUGUGGACUGCCGCGGCGAUGAGGGCCAGCUCACCGACUGCUUCCAUCUCGGCUGGGGCCAGCACAACUGUGGCCACCAUGAGGAUGCGGGGGUCAUCUGCAUGCCAUAUCAGGCCCCCACCGCAUUGCUGAAAGAUCUCGAUGCUACAAGACUGACCCCCACCACGAAGACGCCGACAGAAGGGACGGUGAGGCUGGUGAACGGGCGGCACCGGUGCGAGGGCCGGGUGGAGAUCUUCAUGGGUGUGGAGUGGGGCACGGUGUGCGAUGACGCCUGGGACCUUCCCGACGCCCUGGUGGUGUGUCGGCAGCUGGGCUGCGGGGCCCCCACCGCAGCGCCGGGCGAGGCCUUCUACGGGAGGGGCGCCGGCACCAUCCUCCUGGACAAUCUGAAGUGCAGCGGCGAGGAGCAGGCGCUGCACCAGUGCUCCCACAUUGGCUGGGAUGUCCACAACUGCGACCACUCGGAGGACGCAGGCACCUCCUGCAUGCUGCUAUGA